AUGACAAUUCCAGAUGAGGUCGACAUUAUUAUUUGCGGGGGCGGCAGCUCUGGCUGUGUCCCCGCUGGUCGUCUCGCUAACCUGGAUCAUAACCUUUCAGUUCUGCUGAUCGAGGUAGGAGAGAACAACCUCAACAAUCCAUGGGUCUAUCGUCCUGGAAUUUAUCCGAACAACAUGAAGCUUGACUCCAAAACAGCUUCUUUUUAUCACUCUCGUCCAUCCGAGCAUCUAGAUGGACGUCAGGCCGUUGUUCCCUGUGCCAAUAUUCUUGGCGGAGGAAGUUCAAUCAACUUUAUGAUGUAUACCAGAGCAUCAGCCUCUGACUAUGAUGAUUUUCAAGCAAAAGGCUGGACAACUAAUGAUUUGCUUCCUCUAAUGAAGAAGCAUGAGACUUACCAGCGAGCAUGCAAUAAUCCAGAACUACAUGGGCAUGACGGCCCUAUCAAGGUAUCAUUCGGCAAUCAUACCUACCCAAUCGCGCAAGACUUCCUUCGCGCGGCUGAAACUCAGGGAAUUCCUGUGACUGAUGACCUUCAAGAUUUGAAAACAGGUCACGGAGCGGAACACUGGUUAAAGUGGAUCAAUCGCGACACAGGACGCCGAAGUGAUGCUGCUCAUGCAUAUGUUCACAGUACUAGAGCCAAGCACUCUAAUCUUCACCUUCAAUGCAACACCAAAGUUGAAAAGGUGAUCAUUGAAGAUGGCCGUGCUGUAGGCGUUGUGACGGUUCCAGCAAAACCUCUAAAUGGCGGAGAUCCCAUUCGUAGAAUAUUCCGAGCCAGAAAGCAGAUCAUAAUCAGUGGUGGAACACUCAGUUCACCACUGAUCCUACAAAGAUCAGGCGUUGGUGACCCAGAGAAGCUCCGCCGUGCAGGAGUCAAGCCCUUGGUCAACCUGCCCGGAGUUGGACGAAACUUUCAGGACCAUUACCUUACCUUCUCUGUCUAUAGAGCAAAGCCUGAGGUUGAGACUUUCGAUGAUUUCAUUCGAGGAGAUCCGAAGGUCCAGAAGAAAGUGUUUCAGGAGUGGAAUAUAAAGGGCACAGGCCCGCUGGCAACUAACGGUAUUGAUGCUGGUGUGAAGAUUCGUCCCACAUCUCAAGAAUUGGGCAAUAUGAAGAAUUGGCCAACCCCAGAAUUCGUCAAGGGAUGGGAGUCAUACUUCAAGAAUAAGCCUGACAAGCCUGUCAUGCACUACUCGGUCAUCUCCGGUUGGUUCGGAGAUCAUAUGCUCAUGCCACCUGGAAAGUUCUUCACGAUGUUCCACUUCCUGGAAUAUCCUUUCUCUCGUGGAUCAACUCACAUCCAGUCUCCUGACCCGUAUGAGGUACCUGACUUUGACGCUGGGUUCAUGAACGAUAAGCGCGAUAUGGCUCCUUUGGUCUGGGGAUAUAUCAAAUCUCGCGAGACAGCCCGACGUAUGAGUUCCUAUGCCGGAGAGGUGACGGGAAUGCACCCUCACUUUGCUUAUAACUCGCCGGCUCGAUCUUGGGAUAUGGAUCUGGCGACAACAAAGGCAUACGCCGGACCAAACCAUAUUUCUGCUGGUAUUCAACAUGGUUCUUGGUCGGCACCAUUGGCGCCUGGAAAACAGGCAUCGGCUUCUUUCCUAAGCUCUCACAAGCAUGAAGCUCAUCCUCACCUUGAGUAUUCCAAGCAAGAUAUUCAGCAUAUCGAAAAAUGGGUCCAACGUCACGUUGAGACAACUUGGCAUUGCCUAGGUACGUGUAGUAUGGCUCCACGGGAGGGUAGCUCUAUCGCACCUCUUGGAGGCGUGGUCGACGAGCGUCUGAACGUUCACGGCGUCAAAGGACUGAAAGUCUGUGAUCUGUCGAUUUGUCCUGAUAACGUCGGCUGCAAUACCUAUAGUACUGCUCUUCUAGUUGGCGAAAAGUGUGCUGUUCUGGUUGCAGAAGACCUUGGCUACUCUGGAGAUGCUUUGAAUAUGGACAUACCAGCAUACCAUGCACCAGGUGAGUUUGUUAACCUUGCAAGGCUGUGA